CCACACUCGGAGGAGUACUACAUUAUCGAGGUAAAUGCGCGUCUAUCACGCAGCUCUGCCUUAGCUAGUAAGGCUACUGGCUAUCCGCUGGCAUAUGUUGCGGCUAAAUUGGCGCUAGGCGUUUCACUGCCCUCUAUUAAGAAUUCGGUUACUGGUGUGACUACCGCCUGCUUCGAGCCGAGCUUGGAUUACUGUGUGGUUAAGAUACCAAGAUGGGAUUUGGCGAAAUUCGUACGCGUAAGCAAGAAUAUCGGUAGCUCGAUGAAGAGCGUGGGCGAGGUAAUGGCUAUUGGCCGCAACUUCGAGGAGGCUUUCCAGAAAGCCUUGCGCAUGGUGGACAGUGGCGUUAAUGGUUUUGAUCCUGAUCAACAUCCACUGCGUAAAGAAGAGCUAACAGAGCCCACCGACAAACGGCCAUUUGUGUUGGCCGCUGCGCUGAAGGCUAAUUAUGGCGUUGAAGAGUUGCAUCAGCUCACGAAGAUUGACAGAUGGUUUCUCAACAAGAUGAAGCGCAUCAUAGAGUUUCACAGCAAUUUGGAAAAAACUGGGAAUACGCUUUCAGUGGCGCAAAUUCUACAGGCAAAGCAAAUCGGAUUUUCCGACAAACAAAUCGCUGCGGCCAUCAAGAGCACCGAAUUGGCGGUGCGCAAACAACGCCAAGAAUUGGGCAUCAAACCGUUUGUCAAGCAAAUAGAUACCGUAGCUGGUGAAUGGCCAGCUACGACCAAUUAUCUCUACCUUACCUACAACGCAGACGCGCACGAUCUGGAUUUCCUUGGCGAUUUCACGAUCGUAGUUGGUUCAGGCGUCUACCGCAUUGGCUCGUCGGUGGAGUUCGACUGGUGUGCAGUCGGCUGUCUCCGUGAGUUGCGCAAGCUCGGUAAACCCACCAUAAUGAUAAAUUAUAAUCCCGAAACUGUAUCCACCGAUUACGAUAUGUGCGAUCGUCUGUACUUUGAGGAGAUUUCAUUCGAAGUAGUUAUGGACGUAUACGAAGUGGAGAAUUCCGAUGGUAUUAUACUCUCCAUGGGCGGACAAUUGCCCAACAAUAUCGCCAUGGACCUACAUCGUCAGCAAGCCAAAGUGCUUGGCACUUCACCGGAAUCCAUUGAUAGCGCUGAGAAUCGCUUCAAGUUUUCGCGCAUGUUGGACCGCAAGGGUAUACUGCAACCGCGUUGGAAGGAAUUGACGAACCUGAAGAGCGCCAUACAAUUUUGCGAGGAAGUCGGCUAUCCUUGCCUGGUGCGGCCUUCAUAUGUGCUCUCAGGCGCCGCCAUGAAUGUGGCCUACUCGAAUCAAGAUCUGGAAACUUACUUGAAUGCAGCAUCAUUGGUUAGCAAAGAGCACCCGGUCGUUAUUUCUAAGUUUCUCACAGAAGCAAAAGAAAUCGAUGUAGAUGCGGUGGCGGCUGAUGGCGAAAUCCUUUGCAUGGCCGUAUCAGAGCAUGUGGAAAAUGCUGGCGUGCAUUCGGGCGAUGCCACUUUGGUAACGCCACCGCAGGAUUUAAAUCAUGAAACACUGGAAACGAUUAAGCGCAUAACACGCGAUCUGGCAGCGCUACUCGAUGUCACUGGCCCUUUCAAUAUGCAAUUGAUUGCCAAGAAUAAUGAGCUCAAAGUGAUUGAAUGUAAUGUGCGUGUCUCGCGCUCUUUUCCAUUUGUAUCGAAGACUUUGGAUCACGAUUUCGUGGCGACGGCAACGCGCGCCAUUAUUGGCAUACCAGUUGAGCCGGUGGAAGUGUUGCACGGCGUGGGAAAAGUCGGUGUGAAGGUGCCUCAAUUCAGUUUUUCCCGUCUGGCUGGUGCGGAUGUGCAGUUGGGCGUGGAAAUGGCAUCCACCGGUGAGGUGGCCUGUUUCGGUGACAAUCGCUAUGAGGCUUACUUGAAAGCCAUGAUGUCUACUGGCUUCCAGAUACCGAAAAAGGCCAUACUACUCUCCAUUGGUAGUUUUAAGCACAAAAUGGAGUUGCUGCCCUCAAUCCGAGAUCUUGCAAAAAUGGGUUAUAAGUUGUAUGCAUCAAUGGGCACUGGUGAUUUCUAUGCAGAGCAUGGCGUUGAUGUGGAAUCUGUUCAGUGGACUUUUGAUAAGCAAUCACCUGAAGAUCCCAACGGUGAGCUUCGGCACUUGGCUGAGUUCUUGGCGAAUAAACAAUUCGAUAUGGUUAUUAAUCUGCCAAUGCGUGGCGGCGGCGCAAGAAGAGUAUCUUCUUUCAUGACCCAUGGCUAUCGUACACGUCGCCUUGCUGUCGACUACUCCAUACCAUUGGUGACCGAUGUCAAGUGCAUCAAACUGUUAGUUGAAUCAAUGCGCAUCACUGGUCGUCGUCCAGCCAUGAAAACCCACACCGAUUGUAUGACUUCGCGUCGUAUCAUCAAACUGCCCGGCUUUAUUGACGUCCACGUUCAUCUACGUGAGCCGGGUGCUACGCACAAGGAAGACUUUGCCACCGGCACCGCUGCCGCAUUGGCCGGUGGUGUUACCCUUAUUUGUGCUAUGCCUAAUACUAAUCCUUCGAUUGUCGAUCGUAAUAGCUUCCAGAUGUUCCAAGAUUUGGCUAAAGCUGGCGCGCGUUGCGACUACGCGCUCUAUGUUGGCGCCUCUGACACCAACUGGCAACACAUUGGUGAGUUGGCUUCACAAGCGUGUGGCUUGAAAAUGUACCUCAAUGACACAUUCAGCACACUGAAAAUGACCGAUAUGACUGUGUGGGAGAAACACAUGCAAAAUUGGCCAAAGCGCGCGCCAAUCGUGUGUCAUGCGGAACGACAAACAAUGGGCUCCGUUAUACUUAUGGCUCAUCUGCUCGAUCGUCCUGUGCAUAUUUGCCACAUUGCACGCAAGGAAGAGAUUAUGUUGAUACGUGCUGCAAAAGAAAAGGGUAUACGCGUCACCUGUGAGGUUUGUCCGCACCAUUUAUUCCUCUCCACUGACGACAUACCGGCCAUAGGUGACGGACGUGCAGAAGUACGACCGGUAUUGUGCUCACCCGAGGAUCAGCAGGCCUUGUGGGACAACAUGAAUUACAUCGAUGUAUUUGCCACUGACCAUGCGCCGCAUACGUGGGAGGAAAAGAACUCUGAGAAGCCACCGCCAGGCUUUCCCGGUUUGGAAACCAUACUUCCAAUGUUACUUAAGGCUGUAGACGAUGGACGUUUGACGCUCGAAGACAUACAAAAUAAAUUCUACCGCAAUCCAAAACGCAUCUUCAGUCUGCCGGAACAGCCCAACACCUACAUUGAAGUGGAUUUGGAUGAGGAAUGGACUAUCAACAGGGAAGAAAUGCAUUCCAAGGCGAAAUGGACGCCCUUCGAGGGCACCAAGGUGAAGGGCAAAGUGCACCGCGUUGUGUUGCGUGGCGAAGUCGCUUUCGUCGAUGGUGAGGUACUGGUGCAACCUGGUUUCGGACAAAAUGUCCGUGGCCAAUAUGCGCGUAAAUCGUUGCUGCAACAAUCGUUGGAAUCACUUGAAAUCGGCGCAUCCAUC